AUGCAUGGUAUCGAUUCUGACGCGCUAGAGAAAUGCAUUGAGUUUAUGUACACCGGCGAACCGAGGGUCACACAGGAGAAUGUGCAGGCUAUAAUUCAUGCCUCGCAUUAUAUACAACAACACGAUCUGCUGGGCGUUUGCUAUCAAUUCCUACAGACUAAUCUAUCAGCUCAGACCUGUCUUACUUCCAUGAAUUUGGCUAAAACUUAUGGCAAUGAACUAGUCAGAAACCAGGCACUAACUUAUUUCAAAGAAAAUCUGGCAACAGUGAUUUCAACGCCGCAGUUUCGUUUUGUGACACUGGUCGAUCUCACUGAGGUGUUACAGGGAAUCAUUGUUACGCACAAUGUAAAGUGGAAAGCUAUUGUCACAUGGAUGCGUGAGAAUACAGACGUCGAUAAUGAAGAUCUUCCCAAUCUCAGGAAAUCAGCAAAAGUAUUCGAUUUCCCUUUCAAAUUUUCACUUUUUAAAGUUUGGCCUGAACGAUUCGUUCAAGAAAACUUAAAAGCGCAGAACAUGUUGCUUCGGAGCUUUUUUGGCAACACAGAAAAUUUUAAUUCCAAUUUAAACGCAGAAAACUGCUAUAUUCUCCGUAAUUUAGCAAAAUCGAAGCAAAUUUCAGAAGAAAAAGUCUUCACGGAGAUCAUUGACCAAUUUCUGAUGAAGAAUUUCAACGACGUCGCCACAAGGGAAGAAUUCUUAGAUUUAUCACAAGAUGACGUUGCCAGAUUUAUAAGUUCCCCGAUAACCGCUGCUUCUGAAAAAGACAAAUGCUGCGCUAUCCUGAAGUGGGCUAAACAUGAUGAAAAGGCGAGAAAGAAAACAUUUCCAAAACUUUUUAAAUUGAUUGAUUUGAAACACAUUCCACGCGGUUUAAUUUGUGAAGUUCUACAGUUGGAGCCGCUUGUAAUGGAGUCAGCAAUUUGUAAAGAUUUGCUGCUGAAUUACUUUAUCAACCAAGACGAUGCGUCGAACGAGUUCAGGCUGCCUUCUUAUCCGUGCAUUCUUACCUUGAAUGGGGAAACCGGCAAAAUAGAAGCGCAUGGGCUACAGACAAAUGUUUCUACGACAUUAUGUAGAGUCCGACAAUACUCGAACCUGAAAUGUUUUGGAAAUGAUAUUUUUGUGUCGUUCAAAGGGCUUUUAUAUCUUCUUCGUUCGGAUGGAAAUUGGGAAAAUGUAAUUGAAGAAAUGCCAACAAAAAAUCAAUUAAACGUUCACAGAAAUUUCACAAAGUUUCGAAACCAAAUCUACAUACACGGGACAGGUUUUUAUGACAUUUCAGCAAAAACGUGGUCGACUGUUGCACCUACGAAGUAUCACUUCGGCCGUUUCUACAACGUUAUUGCGGAUGAGAGGCGCGUUUACAUCACCGGCCAGUCCUCCUCAGGUGGCGACAGAGUGUGCUUACUAAUUUACGAGCCAGAUAACUACAAGUGGGAUCAUUUCACAGAAUCUGAUGUCGGAAUUAGUGACGGGAAUUAUCCAAUCGUUGCGCUACAUGGCGUGGUUUACAUACUAGGCUGCGGCUCUUAUCGAAAAGGAGUUGUUCGUUUCGAUCCACGAUAUAGGAGAAGUGAGAGGAUCGCAGAUAUGUCCCGAUUUAGAUUCGGUUUGACAGCUUGUGUUGUUGAAGGGAAACUUUACGCUGUCGGGGGGGAUUUGGGACCGCAAAAUAAUACGCAGGCUAAACCCCCUGCGGAUACUAUAGAACUGUACGACGAACGAAAAAACAGCUGGGAAGUCGUUCGUAGCAUUACUCCAUCGACGAAAGGUUAUCAAACCUCUGCAUAUCAUCCAAUGUAA